CCGUACGAGCGCAGUCGCGCGUUCGCUCACGUUUCGCCUCGCCGCCCGUGCAUUUAUGCUCGCAUGCAGCACCCGGGAUUCUGCCUCGAAAUAUGAUCCCCCGACGCUGUUGCGGUGUAGGCUACACGGUACAAGAUGAGAUUCACGAGUGUACAGCCAAAGUACCAUAUGAUGGGCCAGGCGGCGCCGGAACGCAAAGCGGGCGGCAAGCGCGCGCGCUGCUGGCUGUGGCUGGGGCUCGCGUUCACCGCCGCGCUGCUCUACCUGGCCAGCGUCGCGCCCACCGCCUACCACCGACACAUCCUGCCAGGGAUGGUGGCGGUGGAAAGCGAGGAGGAGCGCCGGCUGGCGGCGCAGUCGUCGGCGGCGAGCUUCGCGGUGGACACGGCGGGCUGCCGCAUCCCGGCGCUGCAGGCCUGGGACCCGCAGGUGCGACGUUUCGUCGAGCCCCCGCCGCACAUCGACUGCGGCCGGCCGCGGCUCGUCACCUCGGACGACGCGCGCCUCUACAUCCGGAGGGAGCGUCUACGAUUGUACAACGUCAGCUCAGAUUUUAGCUGCUGCUACCGCCGAUUCUGGCGGCCAGAUGGCGACCCCAAACACUAUUCACACGGCGUCGACGACGCAAUUACGAUGGCUGAGGAGUGCGUGCCGUUCGAGAGCGGCACCGACGUGUCCGGGGAGGAGUUCGUGAAGGUGGAAUGCCGCUCGCCAACCAAUGGCAGCGUCGUGUUCCGCGACUACCACGCCUUCGUGCCGCUCAAGCCCCGCGUCGAGGAGCGCGUGGUCAACCUCACCGACGUAGGCGACGACGACGAGUCCUUCUCUGAGCGGCCCUCGGUGCUCAUCGUCGGCAUCGACGCCGUCUCCAGGCUCAACUUCCACCGCCAGAUGAACGGCACGCUCGCCGAGCUACGCAGGCUGGGCGCCAUCGAGAUGCUCGGCUACAACAAGGUGGGCGACAACACUUUCCCGAAUCUCGUGCCGGUGCUGGCGGGCAUGUCGGAGGCGGAGCUGCGCAAUGCGUGCUGGCCGAACGACAAGGUCGCCUUCGACGACUGCCCCUGGCUCUGGAAGACCUUCCACGCGGCCGGCUACCGCAGCGCCUUCGGCGAGGACGCGCCCUGGAUGGGCAUCUUCAGCUACCUCAAGGUGGGCUUCGUGCUGCAGCCAACAGACUACUACCUGCGGCCGUACAUGAAGCUGUCCGAGGACGACGUGGGCCACAAGAAGCCGAUGAACGCCAAGCUGUGCACGGGGUCUCGGCUGACGGCCGAGGUGCUGCUGGAGUACGUGGGCCGGCUGGGCCGCGCCCUGCUGACGUGCCGGCGCCGCCUCUGGGCGCUCUUCUGGGGGGCCUCGCUGUCGCACGACAUCCUCAGCUACCCCGCCGCCGGGGACCGCCUCUACGUGCGCCUGCUCAGGGACCUCGAACGCUGCGGGGCCCUCAACCGCACUAUAGUGGUGGUGAUGAGCGACCACGGCAUUCGGUGGGGCGCGAUCCGCGAGACGUACCAGGGCCGCCUGGAGGAGCGCCUGCCGAUGCUGUCGGUGCUGCUGCCGGCGGGCUUCCAGCAGCGCUACCCGGCGGCGGCGGCCAACCUGCGGCGCAACGCGCGCCGCCUCAGCACGCCCUUCGACCUGCACCGCACGCUGCUCGACGUGGCGCACGCGCCGCGCGGGCUCGACGCAGACUCCCUGCGCGUGCGCAGCCGCGCCGCCGCAGAAGCGGCCGCCUCCGCCGACUCCUCGCAGGCGGCGCGAGGACUCAGCCUCUUCACGGAGCUACCCGCCGCCAGGACCUGCGCCUCCGCCGGCGUCGAGCCACACUGGUGCACGUGCCAGGAGAGUCGCCCGGUAUCUACAGACAGCGAGGAGGCGGUGCGCGCAGCGACCUUCGUGGUGACGCAGCUGAACUUGCUCCUGGGCUCGCACCGCGAGUGCGCCCGGCUGACGCUCGCCGAAGUCCGCGACGCACGGCUGCUGGUGGCCAGGAAGUCGCAGCUGGACGGCGCAGACGGCGCGCACGCCGCCCCGGUGGACGUGCUGGUGACGCUGCGCACCAGCCCGGGCGACGCCGUGUUCGAGGCGACGGUGCGCCGCCGCCCGCACGAGGGGGACAUGGCGCUCGCCGGCGUCGUCAGCCGCCUCAACCAGUACGGCAAGCAGAGCGCCUGCAUGACGAACUUCCGGCUGAGACUGUACUGCUACUGCCGGACGUCGUGAGUGUGCCGAGGACAACGUUUUCAACUCUUUGCACACCUGAGUUAUGGCCCCAUCUAUCCACAACUGAAGUCGGAGCUACGAUGAGGAGUGACCAGACUGAUAUUUCAAAUUCGCAAGCUACUAGCGACACCAGUUAAUUACAGA